UUGAACAAUGACUGCUAGAGAUAGACAUUUCUACGAUAUUCCUCUCGUUCAAGACGUAGGAGACCAAAAUCAAACGUCAAACGAAAAGGAUGUCUUAUUAAAAUAUAUCAAUAGUAAUUUGAUUGGAAAUGGAAAAGCGUUUAGUGGUCCUUUCGGACUAAGAAAAGUUCUUUACUUGGAUUACACUGCAUCUGGAAGAUCACUUGAGUUUAUAGAAGAUUAUAUCCGGGAUGAAGUUCUGCCUGAGUAUGGGAACACACAUACAACCACCACUGUCACCUCGCUGCAGACAACACUUUACAGGCAUGAGGCAAGAGAUAUAGUGCGCAAUGCUGUGCAUGCCAGUGAACACGACGCAGUGAUCUUUGUGGGCAGUGGGACAACUGGAGCUGUACACAAACUUAUACACUGUCUAAAUCUUGAUCAUAAACCAGUAGUGUUUGUCAGCCCCUAUGAACACCACUCAAACCUCCUGCCUUGGAUUGAAGUAGGAGCUAAGGUAAUAAGAGUGAAGGGCAAUAAGGAAGGAUGUCUGAGUAUGAACCACCUGGAGACUCUGCUCAAGCGAUGGUCGGGCACUGGGCGUCAAAUGAUUGGCUGUUUCUGUGCAGCAUCCAAUGUGACUGGGGUGCUGGUGGACGUUGAUCCAGCCACAGUUCUCCUGCACAAGCACGGAGCUCUCGCCUUCUGGGACUACGCUACUGCUGCUCCCUAUGUUAAAAUUGACCUGAAUCCUGUGAUUGCAGGACCAGACCAGCCAUACCUGUCCAAAGAUGCUGUGUUCAUAUCUUGCCAUAAGUUUGUUGGGGGCGUGCAGACACCUGGUGUGCUGAUAGCGAAGAAGAAGCUGUUCAAGAACACAGUGCCAGACGGGUGUGGCGGGGGAUCUGUCUUCUUUGUACGUCGUGAUGGUCAUCGGUACCUGCAGGAGCCAGAGUUGAAGGAAGAGGGCGGGACACCAGCCAUUGUUGAGGCUGUUAGGGCCGGGCUUGUAUUCCAGCUGAAGCAUGCCGUCACACCAGACCUCAUCAUGCAGAGGGAGGAGUACAUGCUCAGGAGAGCAAAGAAGGCAUGGCAAGAUGUCCCUAACCUAGUGUUGCUAGGUAACUCUGAAGCCCCGAGACUUCCGAUAUUCUCCUUCCUGAUUCUUCACGAAGAGACUGGUCGGUUUCUCCACCACAACUACAUUACUGCUCUGCUCAACGAUCUGUUUGGUAUCCAGGCCAGAGGAGGAUGUGCAUGUGCAGGGCCGUACGCCAUGGAUAUCCUGGGAAUGGACGAGGCUACAAGCAAAAAUUUUGAGGAUCUUCUGGCAGAGGACAGUCGACUGGACAGAACCCAUUUAAGGAGAUACCGAGAAUAUUCUCAAAGAGAAAUCAUCAGGCCUGGGUUUGUGCGGAUAAACUUUCCCUACUUCCUGGAUGAAGAAAGUCUGAACUUUACACUGGAGGCGGUUAAAAUGGUUGCCAAACAUGCAUGGAAACUACUGCCUCAGUACAUGUUUAACCCAGAGACAGGAGAAUGGAGGCAGGUCAAUUUCCAGGUGUUCAAGGAUCGCAAGUGGCUGGGCCAUAUAUCGUACAGCUCAGGAGAGAUGACAUACAAAGUGCCACCCCUUGUGGAAAAAGGACCACUGCCUGAAAACCAUGAGGAUUGCCUAAAGAGAGCAGAGGAAUUGUUCAUGCAAGCAGCAAAGGUCAAGCACCAGUUGACUGAUCACACAGUUAUGUUUGAUGAGGACUCCAAGCCUCUAAGGUGGUUCCUGCUUCCAAGUGAGGCUGCUUCCUGUCUACAGGGGAACCAAUCCCAGAAUUCCUACACUCUACCCUUCUGUCCUCCUUCAGUUAGAGAACAGUUGGGAUUAUCUCCCUUUGAAGAGCAUAACAGUGAUGAAGAACCAUCAGAAAAGGAUAUGAGGAAAAACAACAUGUUGAGAAAUGUUUUUUAUACAUUUGAUGAAGGUGAAGUAAGUGAAAAUGUGGGAAAGGUUAGUGAUAGAAAAUUAGCAAAGAAUGAACAUUCUGAUAACACCAAAACAUCAAAAGAAUCAGGGAAUUCUCCCAGUUCAAGCUCCCCAGAAAGGUCAGAGACGGAGAAAGGUGAGUCAGGGAUAUGUGCAUUGAAAUCUGUGGAUAAGUUGAACAAUAGUCAGAACUGUGAUAAAAGUGAAAAAGUAGACAAGGAUUCUACAGACAUUUGUGUGAGAAAAAGAGCAGGCAGUGAAAAUGUUGUUGGUAAUAGUAAAAGACAGAAGGACGUGGCAGAGAAUGAUGGUGCUGGAGAGAAUAAGGGCAAACAGAAGAAGAAAGGAGGACAGCAGUGGUUUUCUCCACCCAAAUCCAUCUUUACACCAUUCCUCAAGGCCAUGGAAGAGUAUGGCAUGUUGGUGGAUGGAGACAGGGUUCUGGUGUGUCUCAGUGGAGGCAAGGACUCCCUCUCUCUCCUCCACACCAUCAGACAGUACCAGUUCUACUGCAGGAAAAAGAAAAUGAGUUUUGAUAUAGGGGCAGUGACUGUGGACCCACAGACCCCUUCAUAUGACCCCAGCCCUCUCAAGAAAUACCUGGCCAGUCUAGGAGUGCCUUACUUCUAUGAGUCACAGUGUAUAAUGGAUCAGGCGUCAAACCUGCCAUACGAGUGUGCCUCAAUCUGCAGUUUCUGUAGUCGCAUGAAGCGGGGCAUUAUUUACGCGUGUGCACGCAGGGAGGGGUACAAUGUGCUGGCACUUGGCCAACAUCUAGACGACCUCUGUGAGAGCUUUUUGAUGUCCAUAUUCCACAAUGGCAACCUGAGAACAAUGAAGGCUCACUAUACUGUUGAGGAAGGAGACUUGCGAGUGAUCAGGCCUUUAGUGUAUGUCAGAGAGAAGGACUUACGAGAGUUUGCAGAAACAAACAAGCUUCCAGUGAUAGCGGAGAACUGCCCAGCAUGUUUUGAGGCCCCGAAGGAGCGUCACCGUAUCAAGCAGCUGCUUGCCUCACAGGAGAUCAUGUUCCCACGGAUCUUCCCGAGCCUCAACGCUGCAAUCAAACCCAUCAUGGCCAUCAACAGGACGCAGCUCAAGCUAGCCGAUAUUCUCCAGGCUGCAGAUGGGGAUGGGGAUGAUAUGGACAUCUGAUUGUUACAAGUUUUUUCAAUUGUCCUAUGAUGUGUUAUUUUGGAUGAUAAAUAAAAGACUUAGACAUUGGGGUUCUCAUGUGAUCAUUUGGUUUGUUUGCUAUAUAUAUUUAUGUACAUAGUAUGCUGAAAUAAAACAAGAGA